AUGACCACGCCGCGCCCCUACCACCGCACAGCUCUGCCGACUCCGCCCGCCCGCUCCUGCUGUGCUCUGCUCCGACGAGCUCCGCGCCCGCGUCGCCACGCAGCAGCAGCUGCGCUGCCGCUCACCGUUGCGGCUUGUCGCACGCACUGCCCGCCGCUCUCUCACGCCCCUGUCUCUGCCCCGUGCCCCCCUCACUCCGCUCUCGCCGCAUACGGUCGCGUCGCACUGCCCGUGCCCCGUUCGCCCCGCGCGGCCACUGCAUCGCGUUCGCCGGCGCGCCUUCCCCGCUCUGGCCGUCGAGGCCCUCACCCGUCGUGGCCUCCUUCGGUCUCCCCUGUCCGCUUACGCCGCCAGUCAUCACCGUCCCACGCCGUGCGGCUCGCCUUGGCUACCGUGCUCGUCACCGCUUCCUUGCCAUCGGAUCGGGGCCCGACCACGCACGUCGCCCCGCCGCUGGACCUCGAUGCCGCCCGUAACGCCUCCGCCUCGGUCACCCCGUCGCCGUCCUCUUCGCCAUCACCGUCGUCGUUGCUUCCACGUCCUCCUCCCCAUGGGUCGCCCCCGAGCCUCACCGCCCUCUUCUCAGCAAACGCGGGUGAGGCCCCCGGCCUCCUCUCCCCCUCGCCCCGCGCUCACCACGACCACGCUGCGCCCCUACCACCGCACAACUCUGCCGACUCCGCCCGCCCGCUCCUACUGUGCUCUGCUCCGACGAGCUCCGCGCCCGCGUCGCCAUGCAGCAGCUGCUGCUUCUUCGCUGCGCUGCCGCUCACCGUUGCGGCUUGUCACACGCACUGCCCGCCGCUCUCUCACGCCCAUCUCUCUGCCCCGUGCCCCCCUCACUCCGCUCUCGCCGCAUAUGGCCGCGUCGCGCUGCCCGUGCCCCGUUCGCCCCGCGCGGCCACUGCAUCGCGUGCGCCGGCGCGCCUUCCCCGCUCUGGCCGUCGAGGCCCGCACCCGCCGUGGCCUCCUUCGGUCUCCCCUGUCCGCUUACACCGCCAGUCAUCACCGUCCCACGCCGUGCGGCUCGCCUUGGCUACCGUGCUCGUCGCCGCUUCCCUGCCGUUGUCCCGACCCUGCACUGGCCGCGCCACCCCUCCCGCUUCGCCCCUCACCGCCGGCCCCAGGCCACCGGCCUUCCCCUGCACCGGUGCCCUGCCAGGUCCGCCGCCCCGCGCGCCCCUGGGCGUGCGCCCGAACGAACGGGUGCUGGGCGCCCGUUGCGCUCGAACCCGCUAA